AUGAACGAAGCUCAGAGACUCGCUACGCGACUCUCCGCCCCUGGAGACGCGGCGUCGGAAAACAGCAACAGUUUCUAUCUGUUGACAGUCGUGAGCGAUGGCGAGGGUGGUUACGACCUCGUUGAGCAGUACAAGACCGACCUCGAUCUGAUUUCUGAGACUCUUGUUGCCUCUGAUGUCCCUGAGGAUACGCCAGUGGCAUACCUCGUAGAGACGGAUGAGAAUCGCAUCGUGUUCUACGUCGAUAAACCCGGGUACCUGAAAGCAUCCACCUACAACCCAGACCCUCAUGCCGAAGCAGCGUGGGAGGCAGACGAAGCUCUGGGUGAGAUCGGCUCCAUGGGAGUGCACCGCGGCGGUAAAAUCAGUGCCUGCUUCACGGAAGACGGGCUGCUGGUCUUCUUCCCGAGCCCUGGUGGCUCGGUCGAGUGCAUCGAGCAGAAGGGAGGCAAAUGGUCGCCCCGUGGGCCACUGCCUCCUUCGAUACCGAUAGACUCGCCUCACUACCCCCUGGUGGUCGACGAUAAGUUGCAUUUCUUUUAUGUGAGCAAGCACGGUAGCCUCGACUACCUUACUCGCGAGGUGGGCGGAGAUAGCUGGCAAGAAAAUGUCUUCUACGGGGCCACGUUGGGCAAGGCCGUCUCUCGCUUUGCUGUGGGCCACGAUCGGGAGAAACAGACAUUCACGGCCUACGUCUUGACCGGCGGGGUCUUGGUCUCCAUUGACGCGGACGGCAACCGCCAUGACCUGGUCAAGGAGGCUGGGGCCGGUAAGUUCACCCCUGUGGGGAGUGCCGAGCGGUGCUAUCACAUCCACAUUCACGGCGACAUCGUAAUUCGGGGUAGCCAAAAUUCCUUCAAUAUGGGCGGAGGUAGUAUUGAGAAGGGCUCACGGCGCCGGAUUCAUCGGAGACGAUACUACUAA